UCCUUUCAUUACCUUCCGAGCGAGACGCACUCCCUCUUUGCUGGAGCUGAGACUGCACUUGGAGGUGACCUCAAGGAGGAAGGCCGGUAGCGUUUUCUGUUCCCAUCAUGUCUGAACCAAUCAGAGUCCUAGUGACCGGCGCUGCUGGACAGAUUGCAUAUUCUCUGCUCUACAGCAUUGCAAAGGGUGACGUUUUUGGCACUGAACAGCCUCUUAUUCUUGUGCUGUUGGAUAUCACUCCCAUGAUGACUGUUUUGGAUGGUGUACUUAUGGAACUGCAAGACUGUGCUCUUCCUCUUUUAAGAGAGGUAAUUGCAACUGACAAAGAAGAUGUUGCAUUCAAAGACCUUGAUGUAGCCAUCUUGGUUGGUUCAAUGCCAAGAAAAGAAGGCAUGGAACGGAAAGAUCUUCUCAAGGCAAAUGUGAAAAUCUUUAAGUCCCAAGGAACAGCAUUGGACAAGUAUGCAAAGAAGACAGUUAAGGUUAUUGUAGUAGGUAAUCCAGCAAACACUAAUUGCCUAAUUGCUUCAAAAUCAGCUCCAACCAUUCCAAAAGAAAAUUUCAGUUGUUUAACUCGUUUGGAUCACAACAGAGCUAAAUCUCAGAUUGCUCUGAAAGUUGGUGUAACUGCUAAGGAUGUCAAGAAUUGCAUCAUCUGGGGAAAUCACUCUUCUACUCAGUAUCCAGAUGUUAACCAUGCCAAGGUGAAAGUACAAGGGAAAUACACUGGAGUUUAUGAAGCUGUGAAAAAUGACAACUGGCUGAAAGGUGACUUCAUUACAACUGUUCAGCAGCGGGGGGCAGCUGUUAUUAAGGCCAGGAAACUGUCCAGUGCAAUGUCUGCAGCCAAAGCUAUCUGUGAUCAUGUGAGAGACAUCUGGUUUGGCACUCCAGAGGGUGAAUUUGUUUCUAUGGGUGUUAUUUCUGAUGGGAACUCCUAUGGUAUCCCUGAUGAUUUGAUCUAUUCAUUUCCUGUUGUAUUAUCAAAGGAUAAAACAUGGAAGUUUGUUGAAGGUCUUCCUAUUAACGACUUCUCCCGUGAGAAGAUGGAUUUGACUGCUAAGGAGUUAACUGAUGAAAAGGAAACUGCAGUGGAGUUUCUAUCUAGUGCAUGACUAAAUGAUCAUCAGAAUAUAAGAGAUGGCUUAAACACGGAGGAGUCUAAAAGUCGUCUCUAAAUGCAACAUCAAAUGCUAUUCCUGAAUCAGCUUCCUUGUGGCAAUUUCUUCAUUACGUAUUUUCUUGGUCCCUGUUGCUGAGUGCUUUUAGCAAUGAGAUAGUUUUAAAUAUAGUUUGCAGACUUGACCAAAUCCUCCUGAUAUAUUAUUGUUUGCUUCUUGUAUUGCAUCAUGCAUAUGCCUACAUUUUGCAUUUGUGACAGCAAAUACACUUUGUUUAUUGUACCAGCAAUCUUUCACUUUCAGUUAUGAUAAAACCAUGUACAAUGCUAGGAUGACUUUCAUGAUAUGGGUUUAGAAUUAGGUUGAUAAAGUACUCACCAACCAUCUUUAUGAAAGGAUACAAGAAAGUGUAUUUCUGCUCCAAAAAGCAAAACAGAAAACACUAAAUAUGAUGAAUGUGCUAUGUAUUGAUCAUCACCAAGUCUCUCAUAACAAAUCUUAGUAAAAUUACAUUAAAUGUUGCAUAAGCACUCCAGA